AUGGAUUCUGUUGAAGAAAACAAGGUCCACGAUGCCAAAGAGACAUCGCAGAAGGUGCAGGAGCCUUCUAUCCUCGAAAGUCACACCUUGGCCAUUUCCGUCGACAAGAAGGAGCUCGACGUGGCCGGCGAGUUCCUGGCUAUUCAUGGCGAGGAACAUGGUGUGUAUACAAGAGAAGAGGAAAAGCGUGUCCUCCGCUACAUAGACUGGAGGCUUCUUCCACUCAUGUUGGUCACGCAGACUGUCGCUGCAUUGGAUAAAAAUCUUUUGAGUAACGCUGCCCUGUACGGAAUGACCAAGGACCUCGGUCUGAAGGGCCAGGAGUAUAGCUGGGGUAGCCGGGUCUACGUCGGGUUCCUCGUCGGAGAGUUCCCUGCUGAGUAUAUGAUCCUCAAGCUACCGGUUGGCAAACUGCUACGCGUCGUUACCUGCCUAUUUGCUACACUUUGUACCUUACUGGCUGUGUGCAACAAUGCAUCCUCCCUCCUGGCGGUCCGCUUUCUUAUGGGCAUGAUGGAGGCUUUUAUCGUCCCCUCGAUGCUCGUCAUCAGUUCCAUGUGGUGGAAAAAGAAGGAACAGCCGAUGCGUAUGGCUAUCUGGUAUUCCCAGACAGCUUCGUUGUUUACAGGGCUCAUCUCAUACGGUAUUGGGAACGCAAACACGGCCAUUGCUUCAUGGAAGCUCCUCUUCAUCGCGCUUGGUGGCUUCACUUUCCUGUGGGGUAUACUGGUCUUCUUCACCAUGCCCGACAACCCGGUCUCAGCCAAGUUUCUAUCGGACAAAGAAAGGUAUAUCUUCUUGCACAGGAUGAGAGACAACAAGACCGGCGUCGAGAACAAGGUUUGUGCAUUCUGGCAUUUAGUCUUUUCCCUCGCCAUGGCGAACACAUCUGGCCAUACCAAGACGGUGACGCUCAACGGCAUCUUGAUGGUGGCCUACUGCGUUGGUGAUAUACUUGCACCACAGUUCUUCCGUUCGUCGGAGGCGCCCAGCUAUCCAACCGGCUACAAUGCCAUCGUUGCCGGCUCCGCGAUAGCAAUGGCAAGUCUGAUCGCUUAUGAGAUCGUGUGUCGUUUGGAGAACCAUAAAAAGGACAAGAAGUAUGGACACAUUGAUCAUCGUGUGGACGAUGACGACACACUGGAUAUCACCGAUAGAGAGAAAAGGGCUUUCCGCUACAUCUAUUGA